AUGGCUAACUACGGUCUUCAGCACGGUGACAUUUGCUUUGGAACGGGUAACAAUGCUCGCGACCCAAGACUGUCCGAAGACUGUCUCUUCUUGGACGUUUAUGCUCCCAGCCACGCGACCAACGCCUCCAAACUGCCGGUCUAUUUCUUUAUCCAGGGUGGCGGCUUUAACUUCAACUCGAAUCCAAAUUACAAUGGCAGCGGCUUGAUCACCACGUCCGGGCAUGGGCUUAUUGUCGUGACUUUCAAUUACCGCGUUGGACCCUAUGGGUUUCUCGCCAGCCGGGAAAUCCAAGACUCUCCAUCUGCCAGCCUAAACAACGGUCUAAAGGACCAACGCAAAGCACUUGAAUGGGUGCAAAAGUACAUUUCUCAGUUCGGUGGAGAUCCAAAGCAUGUUGUUCUCGGUGGAGAUUCCGCAGGUGCUGCAUCCAUUGCUUACCACUUGACUGCGUACGGCGGUCGGAAUGACGGGUUGUUUGUCGCUGCAGCUGCCGAAUCGGUCAGUUUUGCACCCAUCUUGACCUUCGAGGAAAGCCAGUACCAAUAUGACAGCCUUGCGAAACGCCUGGGCUGCACGUCUCGCACCACCGGUCAAGAUUCAACCGUCAAGGAUGACACGCUGUCGUGCCUCCGCUCCAAGACCACGGCACAGCUUCAGACUCAAAAUCACAAUGUGCCGUAUCCCGGUGCCCAAAACCCCCCUCUGUACAUGUGGAAUCCAGUCAUCGACAACGAGCUGAUCCAAAACUACACCUAUGCAGCCUUCGACAACGGCAACUUUCUCCGCGUCCCCGUCCUGUUCGGCGACGACACCAACGGCGGAACGAUUUUCACGCCUCGGGGAACCUCCAGCCUGGCUCAGUCCAACACGUUCCUGCACGACCAAUUCCCCGACCUGACUAUCGAACAGCUGCGUCGCAUCGACCAACUCUACCCCAACAACGGGCCGCAAUUCCCCAACUCGGGUUCCUGGUGGCGCCAGGUCUCCAACGCGUACGGCGACAUGCGGUACAUGUGUCCGAACCUGUUCAUCUCGUCGAGCUACGCGCGGUACGGUGUGCCGGGGAACUGGAACUACUGGUACAACGUACAGGACGCCGCGCAGGUGCGCCAGGGGCUGGGCGUGCCGCACACGGUCGAGCUCGCGGCUAUCUGGGGGCCCGGGAACACCAACGGCGCGAGCCCGGCCAGCUAUCGCAGCGGCGGGCCCAACGCGUGGAUCGUGCCUCUGAUGCAGGGCUACUGGAUCAGCUUUGUCCGCACGCUGGACCCGAACCCGUUUCGGGCCCCAGGCUCCCCCACCUGGCAGGAGUUUACGCUCGCUGACGAGGACGGCAGUGCCGGUACUGGUGCCGGUGACUGGAUGCGAAUGCUUUUCGACACAGCCGACACGACGGGCAUGGCCGAGGUCAGCACCGCUGUUAGGAAGAGGUGUCAGUACCUCAAUUCGAUCGGCCUGGCGCUCAAGCAGUGA